GGAAGUUCCCCGGAACACCCUUCCGGGAAACAAGUGCAAAAAUAAGAACGGCUGUUAGAUUUUGAUGACACACUUACACUGCUUACAAUCAUGGGUACUCGGGCUUCCAUUCAGUUACAAGACAGUGAAAUACGAGAAAUACAGGCAGAGACAGGCUUUUCUCACAACCAGAUUGUGAGAUUGUACAGUCGAUUUGCAAAUUUAGACAAAAGCAGAAAUGGAUCUCUAAGCCGGGCUGACUUUCUCCGGAUACCAGAAUUAGCUAUCAAUCCCCUUGGUGAUCGGCUUGUCCAGUCCUUCUUCCAGGAGAACACAGACAUCAACUUCCGUCAAUUUAUGCAGGUUUUAUCCCGGUUUCGCCCAAUAAAAGCCAAUCCGGAAAAAAACAAAUUGAAUACUCGUGAAGAAAAAUUAAAGUUUGCCUUCAAGAUGUAUGAUUUGGAUGGUGAUGAACUGAUCUCAAAGAACGAGCUGCUCACAAUUCUUCACAUGAUGGUGGGAACCAACAUCUCCGAAGAACAGCUGGGGAGCAUUGCUGAUAGAACCAUUUCUGAGGUGGAUGAUGACAAGGAUAACUGCAUUUCAUUUCAAGAGUUUGUAAAGGCUAUGGAAAGAGUUGAUGUUGAACAAAAAAUGAGCAUCCGCUUUCUACACUGAUCUCAAGUAGAAUUCUCGACAACUGUUACAAUUAUGUUAAGGUCACAUAAAUGGCACUUUUUUUUAUAAGGACACUGUUUCAUUUGUAACAACACUAACAUUUUUGUAAGGACAUUGUAAACAUAUUUGUAGGAACAUUGUGACACAUUUCCCCAAUGUUGAUUCAAAUGUUUUUCAUUUGGAAAGGUUCAUCCUAUUUUAAGAACAUGUGAAUAAAAUAAAAUCAUUCGGGACUAGAUUCUAAAAAGUGCACUGUUUGCAUUUCAUGGAUUCUAAAAAUUAAAAAUAUGUGCAAAGGUUGUGUUAAACGACAUCUUACGUUUAAUUCAGAAAAUCAUGAUUUGCCCAAAAUAUUUUAAUCUUCUUAUUAAAUAAAGCUGUAUACAUUAUUGCAAUGAAUACUGGAGAAUGGGUCCCACAUUUUGAAUGUUAAUGGAGAGUAAUUUUUGUUACAUAGAUUUCUGACUUAGUGAUAUGUCAUAGGAAGAAAAAUAAUUAUCUAUUUGACAUCAUUAAUAGAAGUAUACUUAAGACAAAGUUUGUUUUGUUUAAAUAUAUGCACCAUCCCACAGACAGGAUAGCACAUACCACAGCCUUUGUUAUACCAGUUGUGGUGCAUUGGCUGGAACGAGAAAUUGCUCAAUGGGCCCACCAACGGGGAUCGAUCUUAGACUGACCGUGCAUCAAGCGAACACUUUACCACUGAGCUACGUCUCGCCCCUUAUACUUAAGAAUGCAGCUGUAAAAUAAAAACCAUGACUUGGUAGGAAUAUUCAGUCCAAAGAUACAUCUAUAAAAAUGGAUAAAUGAUGUCUAUUUUUGGUAUUUAUGACAUGAUUAUUACAGCAGUUGAUAGCAAUAUGGUAGCUAAUUUGAUGCUUCGUUUUUCUCUACAAGAUCUGUAAACAGUUGAUAAUAAAAGUUUCUAGCUACUUGGAAGUUCAGAAUUGUAGACUUAAAAGUCCAAUUACUUUGCUUUUUUAAGCAGCAAAAUAAUGUGGUAUGAGAGGCAUAAAUAAUGCAAUGCAUAUUUCACUGUUAAUUUCUCAUAGAAAGGUCAUGUCAUAUAUAAUAAUCAUGCCGACAGAUGAGAUAUUGGUAACAACUGUAACUGAAAGAAGAUAUUGUUCAAAUCAGGAAUAAAAUGUGAAAACUGAAACUGAAAAUAACAUUAAAGGACAUCUGUUGAUGUUACCUCCUUAUACAUUUACAUGUAUAUGGCAUAAUUGUACAUAUGAUUACUUUAUUUUUCCUAUUUAUUAAAUAACAUUCCUAAAAAUAAUAUGGUGCAAUAUAAUACAGAGAAAAAGUAGUAAUAAUUACAAUCUCAAACUGUCCAUGCUUAUAUCUGCUUUUUGGGAUUUACGAGGAUUUUACAUUUGAAUAUUUUAUUUUAUUUUGUAAGUUUUGCUGCAAACUACAAUGUACUGUCAAAUUAUAGGGCAUUUUCAUUGGAAAAUUAGCAUUUUUAUUUUUAUUAUAUUAAUCAUAGACAUGAUCACAGAUGUCAGUAACAGUCAACUUAAUAAAAUAAUAUUAUGGAUAGCAUUUAUUAUCAUAUAUGAUCCCAACCACUUCCAAAAAAUAUUACACGCAUCACUUGCCAACAAUUUUCAAAAUCUUUUUUUUUUUUUUUUUUUUUUUUUUAGAACUAUUUGUUUGGUUUGUAAAAGUUGCAAAUAUGUUUGUUUUUCUUCCUUUUGUUUUUGCUACCAUAUUAUGUAAUACAGUUAUUGUAAAUAAUAAUAACAUUCCUAUUUCUGAGACACUUGAUCUCCAAAAUAUUUAACAUAUAUUAUCAGAUUGUUACAUUGUUUUGAAACAUACAUUUUUAAUGCAGUCUUAAUUUUCUAUAUGCAUAUCUACCCAAAUUGUUAAAUGCCAUAAUUGUAUAUUUUUAGUUUAGAGCAGAAUGUUUUCAACUUGUAUUUUUAACAAGACAUUACUAUGGCAUUCUGUUUGUGAUAUCCUGUUAUUUGUAGGCAUUGGGCUUUCUUGGUUUCAGAUGGAUGGUGUUGAAAAGUUGUGAUUAGUAAAUUUAGCAUAUUGUGCAUUUAAUAUAGAAGUCACAAAUUGUUAUUUUCAACAGAAAAGUAAAUGGAUAUUGAAAAUG